CCGCUGGCCGUCAGUCCCACGCCAUCCGAUCUGCCGGACGGCGUCUGUUAUAUCCGUCAGACGCCGAACAGUAUCUACCGUCCGGUCACUCAUCGGUCGGCGACUGUCGUCAAAAAGCGCGACCCAUCGCCGGGCAAAAGCCUCCGAUUCGCCGAACCCCUCGUGUCGGCCACCAGACGGCAGGACCCGACGCGGGCCAAGUCGUCCGAACGCAUCGACAGGCCGUGUCGGUCGCGACAGCACCUCAAUCGGCCGCUCAUCAAACCCACCGACACUCCCGAUGGCGGCAACGAUUGCGCCCACAAAACGGUCGUCAAGAGUCCGGCCACUAGUCAAACGUCGCCAAUAUUCGCGUCCAGUAAUGUCUUUGGCGGCGAUUGUAACGCAUCGGCGGUUAAACCCCUAAACAAUUGCGUCCGUUCGAAGAGUGUGUCCCGCGAGUCGACCCCCGAUUCCGGCCCAUCCGCGUCACCGCCCGAACCCAAGACUUUGGUGAAGACCGCUAUUAACGUACCGAACAAAACAGUCCAUAAAUCAUCGGUACUGACGCCGACCGACGGCUCACACAUUCACCGAAAGACGCUAACGAUUCCGUUGCAAACACUGGACCGAAAGGGAGACCCGAACCGUCUGUCUGUUAACGUGAACGUCGCGGUCGGCCUCCAGUGCGACGACGAGAAAGUGCGGCACUCUUUGGCUAAAAAGGCUUUCGAGCAACAGAUGGGUCACCACAUGAUCUCAUCGAUGUCUGACGACUCGGGCUCAGACACGUCAUCAGUGGUCAGACACGAAACCAGUGACGAAGUGGACUACAAUGUGGCGCAAUCGGUGAGCGGAUCCGCUAUACAAGUGGCCGUACGUUUGCGACCGUUCCUGAAGAACGAUCGCUCGGAUGAGCCGGUGGUCGAGAUGUCCGGCAAUACCGUCCGUAUAAUCAAUUCGGAUAACGAUAAAUACAAUCGACUGGAAUUUGGCUUUGAUUACACACUGAACUCGUCAGACAGGGAUCUGUUCGACUUCGCCGAUCAGGACAAGGUGUUCGUCGAAAUGGGCCGACCAUUGCUGGAGCGGGCGAUCGAGGGCUACAACGUCUGUAUGUUUGCUUACGGCCAGACCGGGAGCGGCAAGAGUUUCACAAUGACGGGCACGGAAUCCAAUUUGGGUGUCAUUCCUCGCUUUGUGCGCGAACUCUUCAAACGCAUCCAAACCCUAUACGACAUUGUAUUCUCUGUUGACGUCAGUUAUUGCGAGAUUUAUAACGAGAAGAUCUACGACCUCUUGUCCGACGAUAAGCUCAUCAAUAAGAAGACACUUCGCAUCCGAGAGCACCCGCAGUCGGGCCCAUACGUGGAGCACUUGUCCCAGCAUUCGGUCACUACUUAUAAUGAAGCGAUUGAACUCUUAUCGAAAGGGACCAGACGUCGGGCCACGGCUUCUACAGCUGCCAACGAACAGAGCAGUCGUUCCCACUCUAUAUUCACUAUAGUAUUGUCACAAUUGCGGAAUACGGGAGAGAUUGAGGGUCUGGAUCACGACGUGAGCUCGUGUUGCGGGUCGCGCAUCAAUCUGAUUGAUUUGGCCGGCAGUGAACGCGUCGGUAUAUCCGGCACAAGCGGUGAACGGCUCAAAGAGGGUUCGCUUAUCAACACAUCACUACUUAAUUUGGGAAAAGUGAUCACAAAGUUGUCCCAAUUGGGCCGAAAUCGGCAUAAAGUGGCGCACAUUCCUUAUAGGGAUUCAAUACUGACAUACCUUCUGAAGGACAGUCUGGGCGGCAAUUCGCGCACAUCAAUGAUCGCAACCAUAAGUCCCGCUAAAUGUCAUUUGGAAGAAACGUUGAGUACAUUGCGAUACGCGGCUCGGGCUCGAGAAAUAGUCAAUUACGUGCACAUCAAUGAAGAUCCCAAGAAUCGCAGAAUUCGAGAACUGAUGGAAGAGAUCGAGUUCCUCAAGAGUCAGCGCGCGAAGGGAGAGCUCGUACCGCACGUCACACUCCGUCAUAAGCCGUGUGACGAUAGCGUGGAGAGCGUCGAACGCGUUGAGCCCAAAGUGAUCCCGACCUUCAGUAUUGGGACCAACACUUCGUUUGUCGAGAGCCGUCGUAUGAGUACGAAAGGCACCGAGACUUCGGUCACCCGAACCCAGACCUGCAGUAUAGCCACCAAUACUUCGUUCGUUAAACUGCCGAAAACGUGUAGCACUGGGACCGAGACGUUGACCCCAGCCGUGAGUCCCAAACCGGUGCUUAAGAAUACGGGAACCGAAAUGUCAUUCUCGGAGAUGUCGUCGAAGACCACAUUCAUUGAUUUGCCCACUCGUGAGGAUUUGUGGAAAAGUAAUAAACUUGAAGAGAAACAGAAGAAACUCUUGGAAGAGAUCCGCAAAUACAAGGAGAAACUGUUGUCAAAUGGAGGCAAUGGUAGUGGAAGUAAUGGUAGUGCGGGUAAUGGGAGUAGCGGUUCCUCCAGUGGCGGCAGUUAUGACAGACGCGAAUUGAAGACAGCUAUAGGUGGAGAGGAGUCCGAAUACUUUGAUUGUGAGAAUGAAGUGCAGAUUAAAACGGAGCCGAAGAACAUAUCGCUGGAAAGGGGCGAAGACGAGGUCGACAAUGAGUGGACCGAUGAUAACGCGCACAACGAUUAUAAGACAAAUGGUGAACAAAAUGACGGCAAUUGGGAUACAGGUGUCACUGAAGACCAGAAAGAAACUGAAGGCACUAAUGAAUGGGCAACUGAUGCCAAUAAAGAUGCUAAUGAAUGGGCGGCUGAAGACAAGAAGAAUGAAGACAAUAAUGAUAAUAACGAGUGGGCGACUGAUGGUAAUAAUGAUGAUAAUACCGCUACCAAUGAAUGGGGCGCUGAAGAUAACAAUGAAGAGAAUAAUGAGAACAAUGAUUGGGAAAAUGAAGGCACAAGUAGUGCAGACAACAAAGAUGCCAAUGAAUGGGGAACUGAUACUAAAGAGAGCGCAGACAAUGCGGACACUAACGAGUGGGGAACCGAUGAUAAGAAGGAUACCAAUGACAAUACCAAUGAAUGGGGAACCGAUGAUAAAGAGACCAAAGAAUCCAAUGAAUGGGCAGAUAAUGGUAACGAAGACACCAAUUGGGCGUCAGAAGAGAAUAAAGAUACGGAAGAGUGGGGCGACAAUGGGAACAGCGGUAAUGUUGCCACCAAUGAUGACAACAAAGGUACAGAUGAAUGGGGAACUGAUGAUAAGGGCAAUGAAGAUGCCGAAGAAUGGGGCGAUGAUAAUGAUAAUAGCAAUUGGGAUAACGAUAACACUGUGGUUACCAAAGAGGAUAAGAAAGAUAACGAAGAACCCGAUUGGGACAACCAGUGG